GCAAGGGGUUAAGGAGCGAGCGGGUACUGGAUUUUGAAUUUAUGUGGCAAGGUCUUUCCUUCGUUUUCCGCUUUUCCACGCUUUUCCCGCAUCGGAACCGAGAAAAGGCUGCUGUGCAAUUAAUCUUUGCCCAAAAUGCUUGAAAAUUUAUGUCUUUAACUUGACUGCAGUGCCGCUCCAUAUGAUGGAAGCGGCAAAAUGGGGGCCAGCAGGUCCUUUAAUAGUUUUUGCCUUUAACUUUUCCGUUGUUUUUGUUCGCGUCGCGAUUAAAAGUGAUUAAUAGCCAACAUUUUAUUACCGCACAGAGGCAGCAGCACUAAAAAAGGGGAACCCCCGGAACAACAACUUAAUGUCCAAAUGAAAUAAGUGAAAUUUUCACACCGAAAUUAAUAAAGACAUUAGUGCGUGCGGGCGUGGCUCAUUUGGGGCAUUUAACGGAGGCCAAGAUGUGUGCAGUGGAUCCCUUCACCCAGCACCAGCUGCCGCACCACCAUAAAACCGAGCACCACCAAUGCCACCAGCAGCUGAGGGUGGAGCAACAGGCUCCGGGAGCGAGAAAAUCGGCCACGGGAAGGACGGCGGCCACGAGCUUGCAGAUCUGGUACAUCCUACAUGUGAUACUAGUCCUAAUCGACAUUAGCAGCUCGCUGACAAUGACCGAGGUGAAGAUACCCAAUCACAUAAUGCGCCUGAAGAGCGCCACUCUGGGCUGUCGUUACGCCCUCGACGGGGAGUCCUUGUACUCGGUGAAGUGGUAUAAGGACGGGCACGAGAUCUACCGCUAUGUGCCACGCGAUAAGCCCCCCGGACAGUCCUUCCCCCUGCCCGGAGUCAACAUCGAUCUACGCAACUCCUCGGACACCCAGAUUCUUCUGCGCCGCGUAACGCUGCAGAGUACUGGAGUUUAUCGGUGCGAGGUGUCCGGCGAGGCGCCCGCAUUCAACACCGUAUCCGAGUCGGAGACCAUGACCGUUGUGGUGACUCCCAACCACGGACCGAAGAUAACCGGCGGGCAGCCACGCUACCAAAUUGGAGACACCGUCCGGGUUAAUUGCACCUCGUCGCCGUCCAAGCCCGUCUGUCACCUGAGCUGGCUAAUUAACGGGGAACCGGUACAGAAGACCCACCUGCGGCAGUUUGACAAGGUGGUUGUGAAUCGGGAUGGACUGGAGAUGGCCCGCCUGGGAUUGGAGUUCCGGGUGCGGGCCUAUCACUUUAAGCACGGCGACAUGAAGUUGAAGUGCGUGGCCAAGAUCAGCUCACUAUAUCUGCAGAGCAACGAGGAGAGUGUGGAAAGCGAUCGCCAGCAGCGGGCUCCGGCCUUGGAAUCCCGGGAGACGGUGGCGGCCAAGUCCAGCACGAUUGCUGCCGCCACCUCCAAACUGCCAUCCAGCCUCAUUGCUUUACUGCCUCCGGUUUUCCUGCUGCUGCUGUUUCAAAAUUGGACCUGGCCCAGAGACAGUUAACUAUCCGAGGAUUAAGGAGCGCAAACACUAAAACCCAUAGACUAGCAGAGCCGUUCGAAAAAGCAGACAUAUCCUACGCCAAAAACUUUGAGACAAAAACUAAAGGAUUUAUUUAUAGCAUAACCCUUGGUUCAAUUUGAAAUUCAAUCGAUGUAUGUGUGCAUAAAAACGGGAAUAGAAACUCCCCAAUUAAGAGCCAGAUAUUGACUAGAAUAUCAAAAUGGUAACUACUCAACGCGAGCAUUUAAGCAGAGGCUAAGCAACUGUACAUAUUUAUUCGUAACAUUAGGCAAUUAUAUGUAGUCUUAAGAAAUCGUUGUCUAGGCAAAACAUUCGUUGAUCUUUUGUGAUAUUAUCUUCAUUUUUAAAACGAAAGGAAGUAAAAACCAUGUAGAAAAUUAUUUGGAGUCAAACCAUUUUAAGCUGAUUUUUCCCUUCCUUUCCAUUUUAUCCACCCUCUUCGGGCAUAUCAAAAACAACUAAACAUUUCGAUUGUAAAAACAAACAUAUUCGCACUUUGAUCUACAUACCAAAUCAAGUCUACAACUUAACCCAAAUAAACUUUUCAUUGACCUAUCAACAUAAGCAAAUGUAAGAAAAUUGUAAAGCAAAAAAUCUAAACUUUAUAGCAUUUAAGUUAAGUAAACUGAAAACGAAAAUAACAAAAUACCAUGCAGAAAGUAAACUAAGCUAGGAUUAGGCAAAACUUAAACUUGCAUUCCAAACAUUCCUCAAAGAGAAAUAUUACGUAUAAGAAUAUAUGAUCACAAGCUGUAAAUAGCCUGAGAAGAGCCAAGGAUUGCACAAGUUAAGAACUUUCAGAUUUUGGCAGAAGUUUCCAUCUAAGUGUGUGUGUGUAUCUGAAUGUAAUCAGUUCAAUCAGUGCCAAGCUGCGACAUAUCAUUUUUAAAGCAUUCGUUGUCAUGAAGAAAAGUUGAAUUACUGCUAUGUUAAGAUGUAAAUGGAUCAUUUAAAGUUUUAAAAUGGCUUGCUUAUAUUGCGGAAAGCGACAAAAAGAUGAAUCGAAAUAGGCGUCUGACCGCAGGCAUGCAUUGUUACUUUAGGGUCUGAGCACCCCUGCUUAAAAAUAAAUAAGCAAAUGGUCAUUGAAUUUGUGAAUAUAUACAUUUUAAAAGCUUUCCUU